UACAGCAGCGCAUAAUUGAUAAUGACACCAUCUUUCAAAAUAUACACAGUGUAAGCAUUUCUGCACUAAGUCGUGUACUUGCGCGCCACAGAAUAAGAAUGAAGCAAAUUUACAGAGUUCCUUUCGAGAGAAACACAGAACGUGUAAAGCAACUGCGAUAUGACUAUGUGCAGAGAGUGAUGGAACUAGAAGCAGAUGCAAUGGGACAUGAGCUACUUUUUGUAGAUGAGGCCGGUUUUAACCUCAGUAAAACCAGGAGACGUGGCAGGAACAUUACUGGACACCGUGCCAUCAUCAAUGUCCCAGGACAACGUGGUGGUAACAUAACCAUGUGUGCAGCUAUAAGCCAAAAUGGUGUUGUUCACCAUCAUGCAACCAUAGGCCCAUACAACACUGCACACAUUAUUGCAUUCCUGGACACCUUACAUGACAUGCUAACUGUUCAGAGACCAGAGCAUACCCGAUAUGUCAUCAUAUGGGACAAUGUUAGUUUCCAUAGGGCUGCUUUGGUCCGCAACUGGUUUACAGACCACCCAUCCUUCAUGGCACUCAACCUCCCUCCAUACUCUCCAUUCUUAAAUCCCAUCGAGGAGUUCUUCUCUGCCUGGCGCUGGAAAGUGUACGACCGUCAUCCUCAUCAACAGGUAGCCCUUUUACAGGCAAUGGAGGAGGCAUGUGGAGAUAUUGACCAGGCAUCAUGUCAGGCCUGGAUACGGCAUUCAAGGAGAUAUUUUCCCCGGUGCCUUGGACUGGAGGAUAUUGCAUGCGAUGUGGACGAAAUUUUGUGGCCGGACCCAGAAAGACGACAUGAUGUAGGCUGAUUGUCU